GGAAAUUUUUUGCACGCGAUUUUCUCCGUUUGACGUUUCUGUUAGAUUUGAUGUAAUGAAAAAAAGCUCUAGACUAGUCCAAAAAAUUGGUUUUCGGCUCGCAUUUUAAAUUACUGUGCUUAAGCUGAUAUUAACUUUAAUCAAAUUGCAAAUGCACCCUACAAAUUUCCGAAAUCCAGUGCUAAGUGAACCUCGGCUUUUUGGAGGGCAAUAUACACUUUCUACACCGGCUGGGCAUGUUUCGUCUAAUCAUCCACCUCCUCUCCCCCCAAGACCAUUUCAACAAUCUAGCGGAACUGGUAUGUAUGCGAAUGCAUACGGAACUCGUUUUGGAAUGCCACCGUACGGAUACUCGGGCCUUAGUAAUGGAUAUAGCAUGUUCGGUAAUAAUAUGAUGAAUGAUGGAAUGUACGGUGGUGGCUACGGAUUCAACCCACCCUACCCUGAACAUCGAUUUAUUCAAAUGGCUGAGGAAAGUUCAAGACCCACAUUUCAAAGCAUUGAAUCUUUGGUAGGAGCUAUCAGCAAUAUUGCUACAAUGCUAGAUUCCACUUUUUUCGCAUUAACAAGUUCAUUUAGAGCGGUUCUGGGAGUGGCAGCCAACUUCGCCCAUCUUCGAGGGGUAUUUGCACAGUUUUGGACAUCUUUCGCUUUGUUUCGAUGGAUUGUAUGGAGCUAUAGAAAACUGCUGUUCUUACUAAAGAUUACAAAAACAGAUCCUACUGAGAAUAACUUCAAGGAGGCGUUCAAAAUGGCAAAAAACGACAAACAAGCGACUAGUGUGAAGGGAUCAUCUUUGCCAGUAAUUUUGUUCCUAGGAUUUAUUAUGUCCGCGCCAUAUCUUUUAAUGAAGUUAUUUGGUAGCAGCGAGCAUGUGGAACGAACAAAAAAUCCCCAUAGCUGGGUAAACCCACUAGAAGCUGUGGCCUUGUUCAAUUUUGACUCAACCAAUCCUGAAGAGUUAACGAUUCGGGCCGGACAACAAGUUUUAAUAGCACCAAAAACCGUACAAGUUGAACAAAAUCUGCUUAAUACAGGAUGGGUUCUGGCUUCGAUAGACAAUACGACAUCUGGUUUGAUUCCGGUAUCUUAUGUUCAGGGCUCCCAACGACAACAGAUCUUAGGCAAUGCAAUAAUGUAAAAAAAAUCAGGUAACAGGCUUGACCCUUCAUAUGUUACGCUUUGUUUUAUAUACAUUUGUUACUUUCAUGUAAAAUUAUCGUGGCUUUUAUGUGGUUAUGAUUAAUGGUUAUAAAUAAAUAAAAAAAUAAAUAAAAUUUCUUUUUCAUUUGUGCGCAUUCAGUACUCUGGUGUAAUACGGUAUAAAGAGUAUUUGUAUUUUUGUAUUUGAUAUUGCCCUACACCGGUAUAGUGGGUGAAGGUGAACAGUGAGUUUAGUAAGGGGCGGGAAUAGCGUAGUUGGUAAAUUAAUUGCCUUGUACGCAGCUCACCUGGGUUCAAUUCCCAACCCCGCACAUAGGGAUACAGGUUUUGAAGUAGAAUACUUCUGAUAAUAUAAAUUUCAAUAUGGGGUCCCGUUUCAAAACAUUCAGUUUUUAAAUUCGAAUAUCUUUCGUUCUACUGAUCAAAAUCGCAAUAUUUUUACACCAUCUGAUCGGAAAUUUGUGCACGUAUUUCGCAUUAAAUUUCAAAAUAAGUGCUACUAUAAUAAAUAAACCAAAAAAAGAUUUUUAAAAAAUCCUUCGAGAACAGCGAGGAAAAUUUGCAAGCAUAUCUCAGGCAGAGCCGUCAAAAAGGAGCAUGUAGGCGUUUCAUUACAUACGGGAAUGUUAUUUAUACAGGUCACGCGAGCUUGUUUUGUAUCACCAUUCGUGUGUUUGCAGUCCCCAAGUGAGGACCUCUCCAGUACCAGUAGAAGAGUUUAAAGUGUUUGUAGUUGGAAAUCUGAACGAGCGCCUACCCAUUCCAAAUGGGUAAUAAAAGGAAGAAAAAGCACAGCCUCAGUCCAGCUCUUGCAGAAGCCGACAGCACCCCAGGAGGAGAUCGGCGGGUUCCAAAAAAGCGCGCACGCGCUAGAGUUAUCCAGAUCUGCAGCGAACAGGGCGACAACGUUACAGGAACGCCGGAGUGAAAUGGAUGGUUUCGGAGCAUCUGUUCGUACCUCCCGCCAAAAUUUCCCCGUACCAAGCGCCUCCCGCAAAAAUCCAAGCGUACCGAGCGCUACCCGCCAUAAUUCACCCGUACCGAAGAUGAUAAAGUACAAGAUAUUCCACUGUCAAAUUCCACGAAUACACCUUCGACAACAUCAUUUUGGUGAUUCCAACACCAUCUUUCGAGUUCUCAUUCAACCAGCAGAACGCACUUGUACUAGUUUCUUUCAGCGUGCAAAUUCGCGUACAUGUCAGAUGCUUUCGGAAGUGUGGUUCUUUUCUCAUAGUAAUGAGAGUGAUAAGAAUGGCAAAUGGAAUGAAACGAUCAAUCCAUUUACACUUGAUCGCAACUAAAUUCGGGUGGUACCUAAGGGCAGAUCACUUGUGAUGCAUUUUUAAAAAUCAGUGAAAUUAAAUGCAUUUCUUUCCAUCAAAAUAGAAAUUCGUAAUGCAUUUUGCGUUGCGUGCAAUGUAUUUUGCGUUGCGUGUAAGCCCUGUCAAAAAAUGCGGACGAACAUGGUCAGGCGAUUUAAAAAGUUUGACGUUUGACUCAACUCGCCUGUGCUAAUUGCCCCUAGGAACAAAUGCAAUUUGCGAAUGCGAUUUAAAGGCAAUUUCAAUACUUAGAAAAAUUUUCUGGCGGCUGAAAUGGACUUGGUUGUUUUUUGCGUUUUUCAAACAUGACGGUUCAUGUUUGGGCGUUAUUGCUACGUGAAAACAUAUCUAUACCGUUUAUUCAAAACGUAAUAACUAACAAAUGUAAACAAACUGAGUUUUUAUGCCAAAUAAAAGCUAAGCAUUGACUCUUUAUCGUCCACAAAUAAUAGAGAAAAAUUAUAACUCUUUAUAUGUUAAUUUAAUCUUAAUUCAAAAUGUCACAUAUAGUAUACAAAAGUUUUGCUAAUAUUUUGUAAAUGUGAUGUUUUGCGUUGUGAUGUUUCUCCAAGUCGACUGUAGUUAGUAUGUUUUGCCAAUGCCAAACCUCAUAUCUACACUCUCGGUUGCAAUACAGCACAUCAAAUAUAUCACAUCUACAAGCCCGUCUCUCAAAACGUCACAGUAAAAUGUACCAUCUACAAACGGUGUUGCCAAGACCACAUAUGUAAAAGAGCAUAAUAGCAAAAGUGAUCGGCAAAAUGUAAUAAAAUAAUAGUUAUCAAUUAUCUCCCUAUUAUUUUCGAGAAAAACAUGUAAUAUGCUUAUACGAUCCUGCAAUGAGUAAAUGCAGAGGUGAUAGUAGUAUUAAUAGCCUUCUGUGGGCUUUAAUUAUUAAAUAAAUUUCAAAGUUGCAAGGAAAUUUUCGAACGCGAUUUUCUCCGUUUGACGUUUCUGUUAGAUAUGAUGUAAUGAAAAAAAAGCUCUAGAUAUAUGAUUUUUAUCCAUCGCACUUUUCACUUAACACUUACCUGGAUCAUAGGUAACACAGAAUGAACUCAUGAACUACCUAUUCAAAUUUCACGUAACACUCACGUGACUUUUCAUGUAGCUUUUACUAAAAGUUUCAAUAGCACCUAUAUGAUCCAUCUGUAAUCUUUAUUAAAAAAAACAUUGAACGCUUAUUCCACCAGAGUUUCACAUAAUACGUAAGUGACUUUACCUGUAACUGUGACAAAGUAUUUUUGUAGAAGUUACAUGUUGCAGUUGUGAAUUUGAUAAAAAAAUAUGUGAAAAGUAAGUGAUGUUACAUUGAAUCUCACCGUUUGUGUAAUAUGAAAUAUUGUUGAAUAAAUUCAUAUUCUGGUUGCAGUUGAAAAUCGAAAUUUUGCACAUACGCCUUUCGUUUAUCUUCUAUUUUCAGCGCGCUCUGAGGUGCAACUAGUAUGCGCACUGAAAACAGAAGGCAAAACGGCGUAAGUACAAUAUUUCGAUUUUAAACUGCAACCAAAAUAUUAAAUAAAGUAGAAGACAUCAAAAUAUCAUAUAAAACUUUAUUUAUUUUAUUCUUGCAUUUAUAAACCCA